ACUGGCUGUGAGCCGCCGUCAAACAAGACAUACACUUUAGCGGUGAGAGGCGCUAGUGUUUACCUGCUAGCUGUGCUGCAAUGGUGUGAACGACCUCCAGGAGUUUCUUAGCCUUUCUCGAGCAGUGAAAGAGCAAAGACAGAGCAGCCAGCCAGCGGCUAACAGCCAUGUCCAACCGCCUGGCCUUCCAGACUCAGCUGGCCUCCAUCAUGGAGGUCCUAGCAAACGCAGCGGUGGCGGAAAUCUGUAAGCUAGUGGACGACGACUACGCGGUGGUGAGGUUGCAGAUGUCUCAGUGCCAGAGAGAGAACAAGGCACUGAAGAGGAAACUACACCUGCUGGAGCUGAAGAUGGCCCGGGGAAAUGCCGAGAGGAGGCUCCGGGAGAGUGCCCUGAACAGCAGCCGGUCGAGGGUGCAGAUAAACGGCAGCGACAGGCUCCGAGAGCCCUCCACCCCCACCGGUGACGUGUUUGACCAGCAGAGGGAGGUGCUUCUGUGGUCCAGCAGAGCUGCAGGUGGAGAUGCAACCAGUGAACUGAUCCUGUCUGAAAGCAUGCAGAGUAAGUCUCCAGAUGUGGAGUUGGUGGAGCCGGAGGCAGUGCUGGUGAAAGAGGAGAAGGUGCAGGUAGCCACGUCUCAAGAUGAAGAAGCGGAGCAAAGUACAUCACUUAUAGGAGAUGAUGGGCUGAUGGAGUGUGUCCCUCAUGGAGCUGAAGGUCGGAUGCCUGGCCCCGAGGACCAGGACGCCCAGUCCGUGUCUACUCGGUCCCAGUCGCAGAGCCAGGCAUGCAGGACGAAGCUUACCGGCAGCAGAGGAGUGGAGAAGGAUGAGGAGCCAGAUGUGGUGCUGGUGAAGGUAGAGGAGGUGGAGCCGAUGACAAGACCUCAGAACAGGCCGUGCCUCAGCAUACAGGAAGGGUUGGUGGAGUCCAGCACAGACGACUACAGAGGAGUGCUGCCCUUUGAUGAAACCACACAGAUGUCCACCAAUCAGCCAUCCGACCUGCAGGACUCUGGGCGGGGCUUCUCAGAGGUUGCAGCACCUCAAAUGACCCCUGCAGAAUCAGAAGAUAGCAGCAUUGUGGCGGUCCAGCUGAGGGAACCAGACACCAACAUGCCAGCCAACCCAACCGAGCAGCAGCAGCGAUGCAGCAACAACCCCACGAGCUCUGACUACUCUCUCUUUGAACUGGAAACCUUCUUCACCCGCUGGGCCCCUGAUAGUGACCCUGUGUCAGCUCCUGGUGGCCCUUCAUGUGCAUUCAUUCCUAACAAGUCAACCGAACAUGACCAGGAUAGAGUCGUUAUCAUAGACACUCGUCGACAGCCUUGGCAAGUGCUCGAACCACCACAGACCUCGAUGUCCUCAGCGUUGAAGCCGAGCGGAGGGCAGAGUUUCUCCUCUGCAGGCCGUCCGUCUGCAUCACAGGGGAGUUCUGUGCCCACGUCUUUGAGAAUGCAGGAUCCAGGAUCUUCCCAGCCUUCCUGGAGGAGAACAUCAGCACAGGCUCAAGUGCUGCAGCAGCAGCUUCAAAAUGGCAACACUUACUCUCAACAGGAAAGCACCAUUCCUCCCUCACAAAUCACACCGUCCUCCAGCACAGGUGCUGUCAGUAAAACAGGUGGAGUUACAAGUAAAACCAAGGCUGCUGGGGCUCCACAGUCCUCUCUAUCACUCCGGGGAGCCAUAGCACCGCUGGCCAGCACUGAGGUGGCCAUCGCCCCACAGCAUCGGACAACUCUCCUCACUAACCUUAAUAAAAAUCGUGCCGUAUGCACUUUGCCCACAGAGCGCCGCAGGAAGAGUUACGUAUGUGGAGCCUGCGGAAAAGCUUUCUCUGGCCUGUCCAAUCUAGAGGUCCACAAGAGAGUGCACACAGGCGAGAAGCCUUUCCGCUGUGACACUUGUGGGAAGCACUUCUCUGAGGCUGGAAACCUGAAAAAACACCAAAGGGUUCACACGGGGGAGAAACCCUUCAGCUGCAACCAGUGUGGGAAGAGGUUUGCUUGGAUCUGCAACUUGAGGACACACCAGCAGUCUGCCACAGGCUGCGGAGCACAAGCCAGGGGAGGGCUGUAACUGCUGAUGCUGUUAUUAUUUGCUUGAGUCAAAGUGUAGUAUAACUCUGCCCAGUGACAGCUUUUUGUGGCCCUGGUUAUAGUUGACCCAGUUUAGCUCUUUCUCUGUGUUCCUGUGGACGUUUUGAGCCUUUUCCUUUGUCUUCUGGGUCCUCAGAGAGCCUCUCCACGGAUGCAUGGCACAACCUAAAGAGAGAGCGCCAGCUCUCCAGGACGUAUACGCUUAAAGAAAAGAAGAGAAACUGAAAGAGCUUUACUGAACAGAGGGGGUGGCUCAUGACAACAGCUAUCAGUGGCCUAAAAUGCAGGGAUUUCAACCCCCAGUCAUACCUUGGCUCCUGUGACUGUAAUAAUGCCUUGGCUCAUGACCAUUAAUGACCCACAUGAUUACAGUAAAAGGCUCUCAGGACCACCGCUGAGGUGACAACCUUGCUAAUGGUUAAAAAUUUCAGUUUUACAUCUUUAACAUCAUCUUUACCAGCCAAAGAAUUCCACUUUCCAAGCCUGCGGGACAUUUCACUAAAUAUUGUAUUUUUGAGCCUGUAUAUAAACAUGUGCGUUACAGAAAAUCCAAACUAAACUGAAACUCACGAAAGGUGUAUGCUGGACAAUUAUUUCACCUCAAAAAAGAAAAGUUCACAGAGACCAUUACAUGACAUUCGUCACCACGAUGUGUAUUUGACCACAGUGGGAACAUAAUCAGACUGAAUUUAAGAGCAUAUAAAGUCUCCUGUGACCAUCCUCA